UUUAUAUUAUUUAGUAUCAACAUGGAAGAAAAACUGAAUUUCUCUAGUAACAAUUUUUGCCAUCAACAUAGGAUUGUUUACAUUGAGUUGUUCAAGGUUAGAUAGAAAUUCAGUGAUAACGUCCUGCUAAACUGUGGAAAGAUCUUAUUGUGAUGCCUCCUCUCAUAUGUCGUGAGCUUAUAGCACAUGGAUCUCUAAAGUUAGCUACAAUCUUAUUUCUUGCAUCCUUUUCUUUUCUCUAUGGAAAUUUUUCUUACAAAAUUUUUCUUCUUUCUAUGGAAAGGGCCAGAGACAGGAAGAGCCUACUGUCUUCCUGUUCUGCUGCCCUUUUGUCUAUCAAAGCAGAAAAUAAUCUGCUGGUAUUUUAUGCUUACUGGUUGGCACAACAAAAUCCAGUGUGAAUAAAGUUUUGCUGCUAUCUUGUCUCCUGGCCUGUUAAUUAUGGAAUGAAAGUCUUUUUCUCAUCUUAGAGAAUUUUCGUGUAACUUAAAACACUAGAGAGAAAUUGGAGAGAAUUUUGGGGGCUGGGAAGAUUCUCUAAGCUAUAGUAGGCGUAAGGUUGACUGUAAAGGUAAAUGUGACUUGGUAGCUUUUGAGUGGUUGGUUUGGAGUUAGAUCAAGAAAUGAUGGCUUUUACUUUUUCCAAGUUGCCUAUUUCCCCGAGGCAUCUGAGUGGACUCUAUUUUCAGUGAGAAACUGACUAGUGUUUAAUAUAGCAAUUCCCUCUUAUUCUUGAGGAAUACAUUUCAAGACUCCCAGAGGCUGCCGGAAACAUCUGAUGGUUCUAAAACCUAUAUGCCCCCUGUCUUUUCCUAUACAUACACACUGAUGAUAAAAUUUAGUUUAUCAGUUAUGUACAGUAGGAGACUAACAAUAGCUAAUGAUAAAAUAGAACAAUUGUAACAAUAUACUGUAAUAAAAAUUGUGUGAAAAUAGUUUCCCUCUUUCUCUCAAAAUAUUUUAUUGUACUCACCUCUGCAUUUGAGUGUGAGUAACUGAAACAGAGGAAAGAAAAACAUGGAUAAGCGGAGUCUAUUGUAUUUAUUCCAGUGAGUCGCAUUAGGAGAAGGGAGUAUGAUAUAUAAAUUAUGCAUCCUGUGGUCACUCAUUGUUCUAGGGCCUUCAACCUUUCCCAGUCCUGGAGCGGCAGAGGUGCGCUCUUUGGAUUAGAAAGCUGUGUGAGCCUUCAGGAACAGGUGCAGGAAUAAUGGGGAGGAAGAAUCGGAACCUGUAUGCAAAAUUGUUACUGCAUAUGCUUAAACGAGGUGUGCUUGAAGGCCCUUUUACACACCGACCUGAACCUGGGACGCUAAAAAGUCUACCUUCAUACAUGUCCAUCUAUUUUGAUGAACCAAAUCCAGCACGAGCAAAAGGUUCAAGCCCGGAGGGAUUACCAACCUGGGUCCUGGGUGAGCUGGAGACAAGUGAACACAAAUUAAAGGAAUCAUGGAAACUUUCUUCUGGAGAAGGCAACACUUUGGUACAGUCGCCAACUGAUGUCUACAGCAGGGAACAAUACUUUGGGAAGCUCCAAAUGAGAUCACAUUCUACGAGUCCAAAUCACAGAGAAGAUGGACAAAAUAUUAUCCCAAAGAUUUGUGAAGAUCAUUUGAAAAAAUCUCCUGUUUCUUUGGAUGAUAGUGACAUUGAAGCUCGCCUUAAUAGUUGGAAUCUUGGGAUAGAAAAUCCUCGAUACCUGAGACAGAAGCCUAUCCCGGUUUCUCUGAUGACUCCGAAACUCAGCCUGAGAAAAUCCAGCAGUUUCCAUGAUGAUCAUUUUCUCUCUCGAUUACGUGAGAAAGAGUUGGACAUGAAAACAAAAAUGAUGGAAGCUAAAUUUCAUGAAGAAAAGCUUAGACUACAACAGAAACAUGAUGCUGAUGUUCAGAAGAUUUUAGAAAGAAAGAAUAAUGAAAUUGAAGAAUUGAAAACUUUAUACAGGAGUAAGCAACAUGAAACUGAAGAGACUAUUAGAAAGCUUGAAAAGAAAGUUCAGACACUGAUACGUGACUGUCAAGUUAUCAGAGAGACUAAAGAAGACCAGAUUACAGAGCUAAAAAAGAUAUGUGAACAAAGUACAGAAUCUCUAAAUAAUGACUGGGAAAAAAAGCUUCACAAUGCUGUAGCAGAAAUGGAACAGGAAAAGUUUGAUCUUCAAAAGCGACACACUGAAAACAUUCAAGAAUUGCUUGAGGAUACAAAUGUGCGCCUGAAUAAAAUGGAGAGUGAAUACAUGGCACAAACACAGUCCACAAACCACAUGAUCAAAGAACUGGAAGCCCGUGUCCAGCAGCUGACUGGAGAAGCAGAGAACAGUAAUUUACAGAGGCAGAAAUUAAUUCAAGAAAAAGCGGAACUUGAAAGAUGUUACCAGAUAACGUGUAGUGAAUUACAAGAAGUAAAGGCAAGGCGCAACACACUGCAUAAAGAGAAAGAGCAUCUUGUAAAUGAUCAUGAGCAAAACAUGAAACUGUUGCAAACCAAGUAUGAUGCUGACAUAAACGUUCUAAAACAAGAACACUCUCUUUCAGCUUCUAAGGCAUCUAGUAUGAUUGAAGAAUUAGAACAGAAUGUCUGUCAAUUAAAACAGCAGUUACAGGAAACAGAACUUCAAAGAAAACAACAACUAAGGGAUCAAGAAAACAAGUUUCAAAUGGAGAAAAGUCAUUUAAAACACACCUAUGAAAAAAAGGUUCAUGACUUGCAGAGUGAACUUGAUAAAGGAAAAGAAGAUACUGAAAAGAAAAUUCAUAAAUUUGAGGAAGCUUUGAAGGAAAAAGAGGAGCAGCUAACUCGUGUGACUGAAGUUCAGAGGUUGCAGGCCCAGCAGGCAGAUGCUGCUUUGGAAGAGUUUAAGCGGCAGGUGGAACUGAACUCAGAGAAAGUCUAUGCUGAAAUGAAAGAGCAGAUGGAAAAAGUGGAAGCAGAUCUAACUAGAUCCAAAUCUCUUCGUGAGAAACAGUCAAAGGAGUUUUUAUGGCAACUAGAGGACAUCAGACAGCGUUAUGAACAACAGAUAGUAGAGCUGAAGCUGGAGCAUGAACAGGAGAAGACGCACCUAUUACAGCAGCAUAACGCAGAGAAGGAUAGCCUAGUCCGAGACCAUGAACGGGAAAUUGAAAACCUGGAAAAACAGCUUCGCGCUGCCAAUAUGGAGCACGAAAAUCAAAUUCAGGAGUUCAAGAAACGAGAUGCACAGGUUAUUGCUGACAUGGAGGCUCAGGUUCACAAGUUGAGAGAAGAGCUGAUUAAUGUGAACUCACAGCGGAAACAGCAGCUGGUAGAGCUUGGUCUUCUUCGUGAAGAGGAAAAGCAAAGGGCUACCAGGGAACAUGAGACUGUCAUCAACAAACUGAAGGCCGAAUCAGAAAAGAUGAAAAUAGAGCUGAAAAAGACUCACGCUGCUGAGACAGAGAUGACACUGGAAAAGGCCAACAGCAGGCUGAAGCAGAUUGAGAAGGAAUACACUCAGAAGCUUGCCAAAUCGUCACAGAUCAUAGCAGAACUUCAGACAACCAUUUCCUCUCUGAAAGAGGAGAACAGCCGGCAGCAGCUUGCUGCAGAAAGGCGGCUCCAGGAUGUUAUACAAAAGUUUGAAGAUGAGAAGAAGCAGCUGAUUAGAGAUAAUGACCAAGCAAUCAAGGUUUUACAAGAUGAACUAGAAAACCGCUCUAACCAGGUGCGAUGUGCAGAGAAAAAAUUACAACACAGAGAACUGGAGUCACAGGAACAGAUAACUUACAUACGACAAGAAUAUGAAACAAAAUUGAAAGGGUUGAUGCCAGCAUCUCUAAGACAAGAACUUGAAGACACCAUUUCCUCCCUAAAAUCACAGGUUAAUUUUCUGCAAAAGAGAGCUUCCAUCCUUCAAGAAGAACUGACCACAUACCAAGGCAGAAGUCUGUACUGUCAGAACAAGAUGAGAGAAUUGGCCGGGCACGGUGGAGCAUGCCUGUAAUCCCAGCACUUUGGGAAGCUAAGGUAACGACUGCACACGAGAAUGCAAUGGAUGCAGUUUCCAGGCCGCACUGUGGACUUCCUACAUCAGGUUUGAAGAUUUGGGUGUUAUAAACUGUGAGAUCAGUGGCUUUUUUUUUUUAAUCCUUAAAUGUAAUUAAGAUCAUAAAAACAUGCAUCAUUCAUUUACUAGUGGGGUGGCUUUAUUUGUGUCUGCCUAAGUUAUUUUUUGAACAUUAUUUCUGAUUUUCAUGUUUGCGUGCAUUUGAAUAUGUGCUAAGAACUGCUUAUAUUGGGCAAAGAAAUGAUUUCUUGUGAAAUGCCUCGUUAAUCCUUUUGCAUGGAAUUUUACCAGUUGCAUCUGAUCAAAAUCACGUUUGUAGUAUCAUAUCAAAAAUUCUAACCUGUUUACAUUGUUGUCAUGUUCAUGUUCAUAUAUUAUUAAAAUCUUAUUUUGUACUUA